AUGCAAAUAUAUCACGAUACCCCAGCAAAUGGUGCACAUUUCGGUCGCGAUUGUACGUUGAAUACAAUAAGGAAUUACUGGCCCACAAUGAAUAAGGAUAUCAAAAAUUACGUACGAUCAUGCUUCAAAUGCCGCCAAAAUAAUCACAGCAGGAGAAAAGCGGAUGGUCAUUUACAACCAAUUCCACCACCAGAAGGAGUAUUUGAAUUAUUGAUUAUAGAUUUUCAUGGGCCCAUUACUCCAGUAUCAAAAAAUCAAAACAAAUAUAUCAUUACUAUCACCGAUCAUCUGUCGAAGUUCGUUAUUGGUAAAGCUGUACGUGAUUGCGCUGCUCCAACAGCAGCUGAAUUCCUUCAUGGUGAAGUAAUAUUAAAAUAUGGUACGGCGACAGCCAUUUUAUCUGAUAAUGGAACUCAUUUUACUGCAUCCAUGAUGAAUGAAUUAUUCACACAGUUCGGUAUUAUCCAUUUGUAUUCUACACCUUAUCAUCCACAGACAAAUGCAUGCAUUGAAGGUUUCAGUGCAACCAUGGAUGCCAAAAUCGCCUCAUUAUGUAAUGAGAAACGUACAGACUGGGAUGAGCAACUUCCAUUUGUCAUUUUUAAUUAUAAUACGUCUGUUCAUUCUGUCCGUUCCGAAUGA